GCUCUGAUUCUGUGGCCUGGUGCUGGUGUGGCUUGGUUACACAGCAAACUUCCUUUCGAAGUUUUUCAAUGGUUCAAUACAAGACCCCAAGGAUUCGUUGGUGUAUACUCCGUGCUUAAAAUACUAAGAACAAAAUGGCCAAGUCAAAGAAUCAUACUGCCCAUAACCAAUCAAAAAAAUGGCACAGGAAAGGUAUUAAGAAGCCUAAAACACAAAGAUAUCCUUCACUAAAAGGAGUUGAUCCAAAAUUUCUCAGAAAUAUGAGGUUCUCCAAGAAACACAAUAAGAAAGUUAAUGCAAAAAAAAGUUCCUAGAAUGGCCUUUGUAACUUUUGCGGUAAAAUAAAUGGAGUUUUGAUAGUCCUAUCGCAUCCUAUGUCUAAAAUUCUGUGUUUAAUAAAUCAAAUGUUUUGGGGGCAUGAAAGAAAAAAAUUAAUUUGUCUUAAUAAUUCUGUCAUGAAACAGUUUUUUAACUGCAAUAAGAAUUAAUUUACUUUUCAUUAUUAUAACCGUGUGACAUAAAUGUCAAAUCUCACAUGGUUUAUGGAACUGCUAGUGUGUUUUGUUGACAGUUACAAUUUUUCAUAAACGUAUUGGAUAAAUAUUUAACUUCAUUGCUCUUGAUAAAUUGCUUUCUAACCUAGAGCUGUACCAUAAUAAGUCAGUGCGCUAAGUGAUCAAAUUGAUUUAGCCAAUCACAUUGUUUGCAUGUCAUCGAUAGACUGAUUAUGUUUGAGAUGUUUAAAUGGAUACUAGGACUUACUUGUGAGCAAUUUUGAAAAAUCAUUCAUAUCAAUUGUUAGCAGACAAACUUUGCACAAAUGAAGAUCCAUGUAUGAAAUCAUUGUGCGAAGUUUUUGCCUAACAAUCCAAAUUGAAGUUAGAAAACCAAAUUCCUUAUAUCAAAUCAAUAUUACAACACAAAUAGCAAAACUUGCAACUCUUGGUAUGUUUUGGUGGUAAAACUUUGCAAAGUGAGUUUUCAUGUAUGGAUCUUUAUUUGUGCAAAGUUCUGUCUGCUAACUAAUAAUAUGAACAAUUUUUCAACAAUGGUCACCUUUACAUCCAAGUAUCUCUUUAAACAUUGAAAAUUAUUGGGCACUCUCAUCCAAAGUUCUAACAAACAACAAAUUUACUUUUGUUUCUCUUCAAUAACAAUCAGGGUAUAUUUCAAAUUUCUCUCUACUAAGGAGUAGGUUUUUUGUGCAUAUUUCCAAAAGUGAUCCAACAAGAAAUGGACCAUUUUUCAAAUCUCUCUAAUCAAACAGAGUUCCCCGUACUUCACUUUCCCAGAGUUCCUCGUACUUCUCUUUCCCAGAGUUCCCCGUACUUCUCUUUCCUAGAGUUCCCCGUACUUCUCUUUCCCCGUACUUCUCUUUCCCAGAGUUCCUCGUAGUUCUCUUUCCCAGAGUUCCCCGUAGUUCUCUUUCCCAGAGUUCCCCGUAGUUCUCUUUCCCAUAGUUCCCCGUACUUCUCUUUCCUAGAGUUCACCGUAGUUCUCUUUCCCAGAGUUCCCCGUAGUUUUCUUUCACAGAGUACUUGGUUCCAUAUUAUAUGAUCAGUUUAUUGUCAUCAAUAUAGCGUUGCUUCAUACACCAGUAAAUAAUAAGUAUGGUAUUUAUCUAAGUUGUAAAUCCGUAUCUUUAAAACUGCUUAAUUCCCCUAUUAUUUUAUAGCGCUGUUUUAUUUACUUUUAUGUUAUAGUAUUUUUGCAAUUACACUUCAUUCCAUCUUUGAAUGUUUGUGGUUGGGACAGUUAUGAUGUUAUGGAUUAGCUGUGAAAACCACUUCUUUGCAUUUGAUUUAAAAUAAUGAUAACUUAUCUACGGGUUCGCAUAAUGACACGUUUGUCGUUUUCUUUGAGGCUUUUCAUGAAAAUUUCUGUAAACACUUGCGUUUAUUUUGAAUAAAUUUGACGACGGAACUUACCUUUAAAAGUGAAUACUUCAAAAGUGACUACUUAGGUAUAAAACAAAUACAGCAAUGAAGGAUGAACUUUCAGGUAAAUGUAUUUUUUUCGUAGCCAUCAUUUUCAACGUAUUGGUCGGAACACCUGUCAAUGUUUUUACAAUACUUCAAGCCUCCGGAGUGUUCGUGCUUGCUAUGUUUGGUAUUAUGGUAUUAUUCCUCACUUUUUGCGGAUUUUUCACCUUCAGACAUUGUUGCUAUGUUUGGCAAAGGAAAAUUGGAAGACGACGCAAGGAUUCGUUAGAAAGCAUCCUAAAUUUACUCUACAACGAAGACUACUAUUAUUUAGAAUCUUCUACACCCUAUCUUGCUCCCUCAGAAAGCAAGUAUGACAGAAUAAGUGACGAUGAGGAAAAAGAAGAUAGUUCUCAUCAGUCAAGUGUGCCGUCUUUCGCUUACGAGCCAUCACAGGGACAGAGAAUCAAGUGGACUGGAACAGGGCAAAUUGUAUUGGAUAAGUACAAGGUGUGUCCACAAAUGGUAAACUCGGACAUUUCGUCUCAACGAAAACUUCACCGUCAAACUAAGUUCGUGGGCUCGGCAGACGAUGUUUCAAACUGGAUACAAAAUGGCACCGAUGAACCCAUAAAACCUUCAUCGACACUUCUACCUUCCGGAAAGCACUUGCGAUCUCCUCCCAACUCUCUUAUUCUCAGUCAUAGUAAUAGUAGUUCUACCGAGCGAAGCCCGACGGAGUCACGGCUUUCUCCAACAGGCAAUCACAAAGAGAAAACCGUUUCCAUUAAAAAAAUUGUCGCUGCUUCAAAAUUCAUUGGUGCUGCUCAUCGUGCAAGAAGACAACUCAGAAUGCAAUCACGAUAUAAUCCCGAGACGUUCCGUUAUCGCAACGACAGCAGUGAGAGAUCAGCUGCCAGCAGCUUCGAAAAACGCAGUUCACCAAAUGCAGACGGCGAAAAUUUGAGACAGAGUACUAAACAAGGACAAAUCAACUUUCUGGAAGUCAUAAACAAAAUAAGAGAUCAAAACCUGGAGAGGAAUUCGAACGAACUCACAGAACGUCAAGACGAGUUGAAAGAAUGGGGUUCGUCACCCAGAGAUUAUGGAAAUAAUGAUCGUGCAGUUAAUGAAGUCUCGCGUGACAUUACACGUGAUACGUUGUCAGGCAAAGACGUUCACAUGAAAUGGGUUGAAUUGAAAAAAAAUGACCCAUUAAAGACUCCUGCUGGGCUUAGGCCCGAAUCUCCACGAGAUACGGUUUUCAAUGGGGAUAAAUCUCGACGCGAGAAGCGUGUUAGGAUGUUAAAACCAUGUGACAGAACAUUUGAAAAUAUUUCCCAGUAUACUCGUAAGCCAGGAAAGAAAAUAUACAGCGCUAGUGUGGGUGGCAAUGAAAAGAGGACGACAAAUGACGUGGAAAAACUGUAUGAAAAAUAUGAGGAAAUGGAAAAGACCAGGUAUGCAGAAAUGUUGAAAAAAGCGAAGUCGUUAAAACGUUAAAAUUUGCUUCACCUUAUCCGUGAGCAAUAAGAAAAUAUGAAAUUUUAACUGCUGUUCACGUCAAUAAUUUAUGAAGACGAUCAUAGAAACCGAUAAGAAAAAUUUGAUAAUGACAUGUAUUAAAUAAAUGAUAUGUUUUGCAAUAGCUACAAAAUUAAAAUUAACGAAACUUGUGGUUUUUUCCA